AUGAAUAAAUGACAGAAAUGUUUGUCUCUUAUUAGUACAAAAGGCUUAACAUGCAGACGCUGUCACCAACAAUUUUUUUUAAAUAUUUUUUUUCUUAUUAAAUUUAUCGGUAUCUGUUGAAACAUGUGCAGUUGAUAAAAAAGAGGAGUCAGCAUACAUUUUUUCGAAACUACUGUAAACACAAAACAUUUACGGUGCAACAUACACAUUCUAUGAGAAGUUUUCCACAGGGAGCCGUUGAAAGCGGUAUGAGAAGGCGGUUAUAACACAAAUGGUUGAUAUCAAAGACACUUCGAUUUUGGCGACGGGCCUUAAUGAAAAAAUCGAAUCAAUGCCUGACGUCGCUGAUGCAAAUUUUAUUGAUGAUGAACCAAUGGAUAAUUUAGCUUAUUCAGACAGUGAAUCUGCUUCCAUUGCCAUGCCCGAUGACGAUUUUUGUGAUGCCCUAGAUAUGGUCGAAGAUAUUGAGAAUCUACCACCCAAAAGUGUUGAUGAUAUUGCCGAUGAAAAUGAGAAAAUUCCAAAUGGUCUACCGGAAAAAUCAUCAGAGUGUGUGAAAAAUGAUUCAGAUGGAAAUGCAGAGAUAACAGCCAAAAAGUCAAGUACAUUUGACGAAAGUGAGAAAAUAUUGACAGAGAAUUCGAUUGAAGGCAAUUUAGAUGAGAAGGACCCGAUCAUUUCAGACAAAGUAAAUGGAAUUGCUGACGAUAAUAUAGUUCCUAGUGAGAAAAUCAAUGAAGCUAAAAUGGGUAGUUUAAAUUCAACUGAAUUGGAUGCCGUAAGCGAUGAAGAAAUCGUCACAAAUAAUGCUGACGAAACAGAUAAAUCAGCCGACCUACAAGAGGUGUUGUGUAAUGGAGAUUUGCUCUUGGAUGAUACAAGUAACAUUGAUAUGCCGAUACCAAAUGGUGAUAUUGAUGCUGGCGAUGGUGACAUAGAUAUCGACCAAAUCUUCGAUUGGAACUGUCAAAACAACGAUAAAUUAGAUAUCAGUGAAACGAUUUCAGAGAAUUGCCCUGAAUUGCCGCCAGCUGAAAAACCGGCCGAGGAAAAUGUGGAAUCGGAGGUGAGUAAACUAAACACCGAUGUAAAUGUAAAACCAAUCGCUGAAGCAAACGUCGAACCAAUCGCUCCAAAUGUCGAACCAAUGGUUGAAGCAAAUGACGCACCAAUGGUUGAAGCAAAUGACGCACCAGUUACAGACGUAAGCGCCGCAACAAUCACAGACGUAUGCACCGAACCAAAAACUUCCGAUGAAAAUUGUAUGGAAACAAUCGAUGAAGAUUUAUUGUUAAAAUCGCCAAGUUACAAUGAAAAUUUGGCCGAUGAUGUCGAUGGGCCGAUGUAUUCAGAGUUGGAACUUUUGAAAGAAGAGUGCCAAAAUUCGAGUUUAAUUUGUACUGAUAGCAAAAAUACCAGUGAUGACAGUGUCACAUGUCUGAAUUCAUCAAAUGAAACGACAGAAUUAUCAGAUGACACCGAUGUGGAAAACGAUGUCUCUGACCAAGUGGCAACAAAGGAACGAGUUGAAGAGAAAAUCGAAGAAACGGAAAAGAAAAAUGAAGAACCAGUCGAUUUGUUUGAUUUACUGAAGACAUCAGAUGCAAACGAAGAAAAAAGUUCAAAUGUGCCGUUAUCGAAACAAACAGAAGUAGGCGAUUCAGCUGAAAAUGAUGUGAUCGAAGAGAAUAGAAACGAAUGUAAGAAAGAAGAGAGCAAUGAUUCGAAGCAAUUAGAAGACGGAAAACAUUCCAAGCAUUUGGAAGAGGAGAAUGAAAAAAUUACCGAAAUUGUUGAUUCACCAAAGCCCGUGACAGAGAUGUCGAUACCACCAAAAACAGACGCAUCUGCUGAAAAUACUGGUGAUUUAAUUGAAAACCAAGAUAGUAAAGAGAACAAUUUACUUGAAGCGAUGGAUGUUUCGCCGAUUAGUGCAGAACAUGGUGAGUCGUCAACAUCGUUCCGAGACGAUUUUAUGCCAAUUGAAAAUUAUGAUAGCAAUCAGAUCAUCGAAUUAAAGGAUGAAAAUUCGACCGAUGCUAGAGAUGGUUUCAGCGACAGUAAAAUUGCCGACAACGAACAUACCGAAAAAAUGGAAUCGAACUAUGAAUCGAAUAAAGAUUCGAUUAUAAUGACAGAUUCCGUUGAUCAACAAGAUUCGAGUGCAAGUAAAUCAAUUGGAAGUGUGGUUGCCAUCGAUGAUGACGAUGAUGAGUGGAUUGUUGAUACAACCAAAACUGAAAAUGAUGAGCCACCGCCCAAACGAGCCCGAUUAGAAACAACUGACAAUGAGUCCUCUAUUACAAAUGAAUUGAUGGCCGAAAUUGAAAAGACUGAAGAAACGGUCAGAGAAAAUAUUGAAGCAAAUGUAGCGGAAAAAUUCGAAGAAACAACAUCAAAAGUUGAUCAAACGAGCGAGACACCAAAAGAAGAACCGGCUGUUGAGCCAACAAUUGAUGACGAUGAUGACAUAGUUAUAAUCGAACCAACUGAAACAAAAGAAUCUGAACCACAGCUAGAGUCAAGUGCAAAGUCAAUUAAACGACCAGCCAGCCCAAUUGAGAUCGAUUGCGAUAGUGAAAAUCGAAAGAAACUUAAAUCGGAUUUGCCGGAAGAAAUUUUAAGCGUUGAAGAGCAAGUUAAAGUCGUAGAAACAAAAAUUGAUGAAAUCAAAAUAGAUGGUGAGUCAAAAUCGAAGACGGAGAUGCAAACUGAUGAAAUAUCAACACCAAUUGAGCCGGCCAACGAGAAAGAAGAAGAUGAAACAAGAAAAAUGUCUAUCGUUGAGAAACCGACCGUAGAAAAGGCUGAAUCAAAAUCAAAUCUCAAAACUUUGUUGACAGCUGAAUCGAAAAUCGAUUUGAAACCAAAACUAGAUGAAAGCGUUAAGCGAAAAUUAAUCCUGGAAUUUGGUGAAAAAUUCAAAAAAGAUUUCAUCAAAAUGAGCCGCAAAAAUCUGGAGGAAUUCGUUUUGGAAAAGAUUGCCGAGGCCAUCGUUCACAAAUCUGAAUACAGUGAAUUGAAGAAAAAGACCGAAGCCCAAGAGCAAGCUAUUCAGGUAUCACGCACAAAACUUCAAGAAAUUAACAAACAAUAUCGUGAUUUGGAAAUGGUAUAUGCCAGACUCAAAAAGGAUCUCGAGUCGAAAAAUCAAAAUAUCAUUGGGCCGAUUAAAAUUACACGUGCGGUUGGUUUGCAAGUAUGCUUACAAAAAACUGCGAACAAAGAGACAGCAGCCAAUGCGCAAGCUCAAACGAAAACAGUGCAAAGAACCACCAUGUUGGCAUCACAAAUGGCGAAUCGGGCCACACCAAAUAGUACAACUGCCGUUCAACACAAAGUCGUACAUGCGCCACCAAACAAACAAAUCAUUCAAAGGCAACCCGUACGUCAAAUAGCCGGACGACAGAUUUCACAAGAUCAACCGCAACCCCGUGUUGUUACCACAGUGCAAAGGCGAAUAGUACAAUCAAACAAUGUACAACCACAUAUCGUCCAGGUGUCACCUCAACGAAAAAUUUUGCCAGUCACAAAUCGAGUGGGAAAUGUAACGAUCUUACCAACGCAAGAAAAUCAACGCGGUCCACAGAUGAUUGUAAAGAAGAUCAGUCCAAAUCAACGGCAAUAUGUUGUUGUUAAUCAAAAUAUUGCCACACAACCACCACAACAACAGAUGACAACAAUCAACAAAGUUUCAACGAAUGCAAUUGCUGCAACAGCACCACAACGUGGUGGACCAAGUGGUUACAUUCAAGUUCGUCAAAAUUUGAUGGCGGCAAACAGUAAUACGAUUGAUUUAACGGAUGAAGAUGAUGCAAAACCUCAACCAAAAAGAGUACAACAGCAAGUUAAUCCACCGGCAUUGGUUGCAUUGAAUAUCCGAAAUCGGCCAGUCGUUCAACAGCAACAAGCUCCACGACAACUAGUAACAACACAACAAACGAUUCGAAAUGCAUCCCUUGCUGCACAGGCAGCAAGUCAGCAAAAUGUUCGGCAGCAAAUCAACAGUGCGGCCGUUGCCGCUCAAAGAAAAUUACCAAAUAUAGCACCAAAACCUGUAUCGGCUCAACAAACAUUACAAGCAGCAACGACUAUAAAUAGAGUAGUAUCAACACCUAGUCCAACCCAAAAUGUGGCACAACAACAACAGCAAACACAGCAACAGCAACAGCAGCAGCGCAAGGCGGCUGCUGCUCGACACCGUCAUCCAGCUCCAUUACCAUAUCCAUACAAUCCGCCCGGUGAACCAACUUGGAAACGAAUCCCACCACGUCCAAUCAUUCGAAUCAACAAUAAUUCGUCUGGCAUCGUGAUUUCGUGGAACAUGGAGCAAACAAAGGAUCAUGCCAAUAUAGUUAGCUAUCAAAUUUAUGCGUAUCAAGAAACAUCAAAUGCACCAUCAACAGAAACAUGGCGACAUGUAGGCGAUGUCAAAGCGAUGCUACUUCCAAUGGCCGUUACGCUUACACAAUUCCAAGAGGGUCAAAAGUAUCAUUUCGCUGUGCGAGCCGUUGAUGAACACGGUCGAUCUGGACUAUUCAGCGUUCCACGUACAUACUAAACAAUACUGAAGUUUACACUCACUCACACACACGCACACAUACACCAAAUAGAUUUAUAGCCAUUUUUUAACAAAUCGACAAUUCAUUUUCAUUCAUUUCCAUAAAAAUGUGUAUUUUUUUUUUUUCAUUAUUUUUUAUUUGUCGAAUUUAGUUAUUCUUGAUAAGUUUCUUAUAGAAAACAAUUUCUAGUGUAAAAAAAUACGCAAAUAUUAUAAAUUAUAAAAUUUAUAUAAUAGUUUUAAUGGCGUUAAACAAAACAUUAUUGUGAUUACAUCACUAACAUCAUUUUUUCGGUUGGAAAUAGUUGAUGACGAGAAAAACGUAUUAGAUAAGUUUUUAUUAGAGUAAUAUGUACGAGUGAGAGAAAAAAUAAGCAAACAAUUGUAAAUCAUCACAA